CUCUCUCUCUCUCUCUCUAGUCUCUCUCUCUCUCUCUCUCUCUCUCUCUGUAGCCUACUGUAUAAGUACAGAUCUGUGAUGGAGACCCCAUCACACCGCAUUUCACUUUCACGCAGUGAAGAUGAGCGCUCGGAUAGCGAAAUCCAACCCGGCCAUGAAACUGAUACUGCUCUUCACAGCCUCUCUUUCCUGGGCCUUCCAGCAGCAGGCCGUACCGCCAAAGUACCAGUACCGCGACCCUGUGACAUCUGACCUCCUGCUGUGUGACCAGUGCCCUCCUGGCACAGCCGUCAAACGACACUGCACCGCCGACUCACCCACAGAGUGCCAGGCCUGUCCUGAGAGGCAUUUUGCUGAGAACUGGCACUGGGGGGACACGUGCCAAUACUGCACCUCGGUGUGCAAAGAGAGACAGCUCGUGAAGCAGCAGUGCAACAGCACAGGUGACCAGUUGUGUGAGUGUGCCCCGGGUUUCCACCUAGUGGUGGAGUUCUGCAUCACACACAGUACCUGUCCACCAGGCUACGGAGUGACAGCAUUAGGUACACCGGUGAGUGACACCGCAUGUGAACGUUGUCCCGCUGGUCAUUUCUCCGGCGGCGAAUCCGCCACCGAGGCAUGUCAGCGCCAAAGAAAUUGCUCUGAUUUGGGCUUGAAGACACUGAGAUGGGGCACAUCCACUUCGAACAGCCUCUGUGGCACUCCGGACAAGACGGCAACGCUGGAGUGUUCUCAGCAGCACACUUUGUGCCACACUGAUGUGACCCUGUGUGAGGAGGCAGUCUUCCAGUCUCUCUCCCCCCUGCAACUGUCCUCGGUGCCCCUGGAGCGCCUGUUAGAGAGUCUUCCCGGGCAGAGGGUGGACCAUAAGAGCCUGGAGAGGCUGAAGAAGACCUGCUCUCCCCAGCAGCAAGUUCUCCAGCUGCUGCGACUGUGGAGGGAGCAGAACAAAGACCAGGACAAGAUGUACGCCCUCAUACAAGAUAUGAACCACUGUGAGAGGAAAGUCUCCCGCUGCAACAGCCUAAAAAACCUGACCCUGGCUGACCUCCUGAAGGUGACCAACAGCCUGCCGGGGAUCAAAGUUCAGCAGGAGGAUGUGCAGGCUGUGGUGUCGACUUGCCUGCCCAGGCAGUACAUCCUGCAGCUUCUUCACCUCUGGAAGACAGCAAACCAUGACCUGGAUCUAGCCAAAGGUCUGUCUCACAGUCUGAGGGUGCUGCGCAGCCAGGGGGCAGCACGCUAUCUGGUGAAAGGCCUGAAGAAGAUCAGCCGCAUCAUAGGAACCACCUCCAUGCACAAGAUGUAUGAGAAGAUGUUUGUUAGUAUGCUUCACGAUGAGUUGUGUUUUAAGGCUCAUAAGCCAUUAAAUGAAUAGAAAUAUGUGGCGCCUAUAGCGUGAACAGAAACGAAUGCAUUAUCAGAUAAAUAACACACAAACACACUUAGAAAUGUAUGUGAAAGAGUAACAGACGUGGGUUACACGAUAAUGUCAAGGUGUCAUCAAAUGAUAUCAAGCUAUGCAUAUAGUGCCUAACUGUAACACAAGGGCAAGACAGGCUUCAAAGAUUCUUCUUUGCCUCUCUGAUUUUCUGCCAAAACAAGGACGUUUUGAUUAUAUGAGGUAGCAUGGGAUGCUAAUAACUUCACCCUCAGUCCACAGUAUCUUUCUGCAGUGAUUAAACUAAUAAGCCUUAAAGGAAAGAAAGAAAAACUAUCACACAUCUGUGUACUCCAGGUAGGCCGAAACUAAAACUUAAAAAAGAAGGUUGUCUGGGAACUUUUUGACCGGAGUCUGUGAAAAAUGAAAAACUAUUUAAGAUGUAAAUAGAACACUAUUUUAUGGAAGAUAGGCUGGCAGAUGUCGUGUUUUUAUUAUUGUUGCUUUCUCGCUGAUUGAGAGGAAGGAUUUGGUUUCAUAAUGAAAUAGAUGUAUUUUCUACAGUUUUCAUUUGUUUGUUGGUUUGUUCUGGACUGCUGGCAAGUAAAGCUCAUCAGAAUUUUUUUUUUAAAAUUGUCAGCAGUUUGAAUGUACAAAGGAGUGCAAUUGUUUUCUAUUUAAAAAAAUAAUUUUACUUUCUGAAUAUGUAAAGGCUUGUUUUUUAUUACUUUAUCAGAAAUACUGGAUUCCAAAUGCUGCAAGUUCAUGAAGUGAUAUUUGUUUUAUAUUUUGUUUUAUCACUUUUAUAUUAUUAAAUGUAUGAUCUGUGUUGUAUAUAUGCCUGACUGUUCCUCUCUAAGCUCGUGUAACUUGUGGACACUAAUGUCAAUUGAUCUGAUUAAAAUCAGUUUGUAAAAACGUGUUUUUUCUUCAGAGAUAAGCGACUGGAUUUGACCUGUUGGUGCAAGAGUUUUUACAGCUGCUCUUUAUUGUUUACAUGAUGACAGGUGUGUGUACAGGGAGGGGCCCUUACACACCUGCUGCAGUAAAAUGAGAGAUUUUUGUGUCUGGAAACACUACCACUUUUGUCCACAGGGACCGCCAAAAUCACCACAAAAUGAAAGCUCCUCAUA